AAAACCUCAGACCCUCGAGUUCAUUUGCCAGACGGUCAUAGCACACUCAAUGAUUCUACCAAUUACAGUCUGGGGCAUAGCAAGAUUAGUCAUGUAGAGCCAGCCAUCGCCACACGUUGUGAAGAACAUGCUCUUGCCACCGGGACGGUGUCAACCUGCGAAGGCCUGGCAUUUCCUUACUUAUCGACUGAGGCUAUAAUUACUCGCCUUUUGUUCGGUCAGCUGAUUAUCAGUCUCGUCUGGACAGUGGCUGGUGUUCUGGGCUUAGAGGCAGCUGGCAAAAAUGGAAUUCAGAGUGACCACCGUAUUGAGUUUGCUAAGGCCGAGUACGACUCUAUACUACGACACUUUCUGACCUUGGCUUAUCAAGGCGAAGCAGAGGAAGUUUCAAGUCUGAGCCCUAAAGCCGCCAAAUUUUUGCAGUCUAUAAAUUGUCCGUAA